AUGGUGGUUCUUGCUGCUUCCAUCAUCUCAAAAUCUGGAAAAGCACUUGUUUCAAGACAGUAUGUUGACAUGUCUCGAAUUAGGAUCGAAGGAUUACUUGCAGCAUUCCCAAAACUUGUUGGAACUGGGAAGCAGCACACUUAUCUUGAGACUGAAAGUGUCCGUUAUGUUUAUCAACCUAUUGAAGGCCUAUAUCUGCUGCUUAUUACAAACAAGCAGAGUAACAUUCUCGAAGAUCUGGACACACUGAGGCUACUAUCCAAGCUUGUGCCUGAGUACUCUUCUCUGGAUGAGGAUAGUAUCUGUAAAACAGCAUUUGAGCUUAUAUUUGCAUUUGAUGAGGCAAUCUCUCUCGGAAACAAGGAAAAUGUGACGGUGCAACAAGUCAAGCAAUACUGUGAGAUGGAAAGCCAUGAAGAGAAGGCACAUAAGCUGAUGAUGCAGAGCAAGAUCAAUGAAACUAAAGAUGUCAUGAAGAAGAGAGCUAGUGAGCUUGACAAAAUCAGGAUGGAGAAAGGCAAACUUGACAAAGGAGGAUACUCAUCAAUAUCUGGUCCCCGUGUUAUUGAAAAAACUUUCAGUGACAUGAACAUCAGUGGUACUGGCUUUGGAAGUGGUUCUGGAUUAAGUGGAAUAGGCGCUGAUAUGGACUCAUUUGCGAGUAAACCCAAAGGUCGUCCGUCAGCUGCUGCUACUGCUCCUGGCAAAGGUUUUGGUAUGAAAUUAGGCAAAUCACAGAAGACAAAUCAGUUCCUAGAAUCUUUGAAAGCUGAAGGAGAAGUCAUUUUGGAGGAUGCACAACCAAGUUCAGUUUCUUCAAGGGCCUCGCCUCUUAUACCAAGCGAUCCCAUCACAGUGACUAUUGAAGAGAAACUUAAUGUAAUAGUUAAAAGAGAUGGAGGUGUUAAUAACUUUGAUGUGCAAGGAACCCUUGCUCUUCAGGUCCUUAAUGAUGCAGAUGGAUUUAUCCAGUUACAGAUCGAAAACAAAGAUGUACCUGGACUCAGCUUCAAAACACACCCCAAUAUCCACAAGGAGUUGUUUAACAGCCAGCAAAUUGUUGGAGCAAAAGAUCCAAACAGGCCUUUCCCAAGUGGUCAAAAUGAAACACCACUUGUGAAAUGGAGAAUCCAGGGGAUGAAUGAAUCGAAUUUACCUCUGUCAGUUAACUGCUGGCCCUCGGUAUCUGGAAAUGAAACCUAUGUCAACAUUGAAUAUGAGGCUUCAGAGAUGUUUGACCUGAACAAUGUUGUCAUAUCUAUUCCUCUACCUGCACUUCGGGAGGCUCCAACUGUUAAACAGAUUGAUGGAGAGUGGAAGUAUGACCCAAGAAACUCUGUAUUGGAAUGGUCCAUCAUCCUUAUUGAUCAGUCAAACCGCAGUGGGUCGAUGGAAUUUAUUGUUCCCCCGGCUGAUCCGUCAACAUUUUUCCCCAUCUCUAUUGGAUUUGCUGCUUCCAAUACUUUCAGUGAUUUGAAGGUCACUGGAAUUCAUCCUCUGAAGGAAGGCAACCCUCCAAAGUAUUCACAGAGGGUCCGUUUGGUUGCUGCGAACUAUCAAAUAGUCUAA